GGCUCCAGCCACACGUGCUCAGAGACAGAAAAGUACAGUCCUUCUCGUUAGCUGCCCCAUGCACGGGCUUAUCCACGUCGUGGUCAAGGAUCUUAUUGUCAGCCGGUACGGCGAGGACGCUUGGGGGGCAGUCCUGCGGGAACUUCAAGUCACAGACGACGCAGCGGUUCUGGGCCUCAAGCAGUAUGACGACGCGAUCACCGUGGCCGCCGUGAAUGCCGUGACCAAGGUGCUCGCGAUCACAUGGGACGAUGCCUUGAGGGCCGCAGGGGCCCACUUCGUCGCCUACGUCUACACCGGGGGCCACCUGCGCAUGCUGCAGAGCAUGGGGGACAACAUGAAGGACUUUGUGCGGAACCUGAACCACAUCCACAGCCACGUGGAGCGCAUGAUGCGAGGGACGAGGGCCCCCUCCUUCCACAUCACCGACGAGGCGGAGGGCGGCUUCCGCCUCUCCUACGCCUCCGUCCGCGGCAGCGCCCUCGUCGCCCUGGUGGAGGGCGUGCUGCCCGCGGCGGCCGAGUUGCUCCACGGGCAGGCCGUCGGCAUGCGGCUCGAGGCCGAGCCCAUGCCCGGCUUCUCGGCCACGUGGAGCGUCAGCAUCGGCCCGCUGGGCCGGGCGCAGGGCCCGCCCGCCGUGGCCGACCCCCGCGGCGCCGCGAGCCGCGGGGCCGCCUGGCACGCCGCCGUCAUGAGCUGCUUCGGCAGCUGCUGCGCAGGGCCUGCGGGCGGCGGCGGCGCCCCCGAGGUCGUCCGCGCGCCCUCGAGCUCCAGCCACACGCCCCGGACCUCUGGCGCCCCCGGCGGCCACGCGGGGCCGUGCUCGGAGGAGCGCUGCCUGGGGCCGGGCCUGGGGCGGGCGCCCAAGCCGCAGGCCCCGGGCGCGCUGGAGUCCGGGCUGGACGAGCUGGCGCGCAGGGCCAAGGGCGCGGUCCAGCCCGCGGACCUGCUGAUGAGGGCGGUGCCCUCCAACCGCGUCUGCGCCGGCUGGGAGGACAGCGGCCGCCUCUCGCAGGCGGAGGACUUCUGGCGCAGCAACGCCGGAAGCGCUCGCCACUUCCAGCUGGCAGCACCAGCUUCACGGGCCGCACGCUUCAUAUCGCACGCGUGGUCCGAGCCCGAGAACUGGCGGGAGCUCAUGGGGUCCAAGUGCAGCUAUGCCGCCAUGAAGUCGACGGAGUUGCAGUUGGCUGCUGCAGAGAUCGCAGCAGACUCUGACUGCGCGCUCGAGGACGUCACUUUCUGGGUCGACAAAUGCUGCAUUCCACAACAGCAUUCGCUGAAGGACUUCUGCAUCUCGUUGAUCGAGGACUUCCUGGACCGCUGCGACGGGAUGGUCGUGCUCCUGACCUGGGGGUACUUCCAGCGCCUGUGGUGCGUGUACGAAUGGGCCGCCUUUCUGGUGCUCCACCCCCCAGAGAACAUCACCGUAUGCCUGGAGGCCUUCCUGCGCCCGAGCUCCCGCCAGUUUUACGUCAAAGCCAUCAGGGAGCUGAGCAUCGCCAACUGCAAGUGCUCCCACGAGCCCGACCGCUCCCUGCUCAAGCAGAAGGUGGCGCAGUACUACACCUCGGAGGCCGGCUUCGAGGAGCUGGCCCGUUGCAGCGCCAUCGCGCUGAUCGUCCGCAGCGUCCUGAGGAGCGCCUCCCGCAGUCUGCACACCUGGGAGGAGGAGGUGGUGCCAUACGUAGAACUGGCCAGGGAGCUGCGGCUGGACGACCUGGCCGAGGCCCUCGAAUCCGCGGAUCCGUGGGAGUGGCGGAGGAACGCCCUGGAGGCUGCCAGCAUCGGCACGGACCCGGCCGGCAGCAGAGGCAGCAUCGCCGAGGUGAGGGAGUGGCAGCCUUUUUUCGACUACUCCAUUGACUGCUGGUUCCAUGAUCAGGUCGUCCCCGUGCUGCAGCGCAUCAAAUCAAUUGCGGUGCGGCGCGACUUCGCAGGCGUUUCGCGCUCGCACGAAAGCCUGGUCGCGGCGCGAAGGAGCAGCAGGUCGUCACGGUCGUCAACCACGGCACGAACUUUCAGCCUGAGCUCCUGCAGCAGUGCUCCUGGAACAGAGCAUGAAGGCUCCAGCAGCUGGCCUCUGAGCUCAGAUCGCAUCUGA